UCCGCCCCUCCCUCCCGGCACCGCACAGACGUCUCGGGCGCCCGGGCCAAGCGCGCGGCGCGCGGGGGCAUGCGCUCCAUGAGGGCUCUGCAGAGCGCGCUAAGCCGGGCGCGCGGGCACGGCCGGCGGGGAGGCUGGGGUCACCCGAGCCGGAGCCCGCUCCUCGGCGGGGGCGUCCGGUGCCACCUCAGUGAGGCCGCGGCGCGGGGCCGGGAGACGCCGCGCAGCCACCAGCCGCAGCACCAGGAUCAUGAUUCAUCAGAGAGUGGCAUGCUAUCCCGCCUCGGUGAUUUGCUCUUCUACACGAUUGCCGAGGGACAGGAACGAAUCCCUAUCCACAAGUUCACUACCGCAUUGAAGGCCACUGGACUACAGACAUCAGAUCCUCGGCUCCGGGACUGCAUGUGCCAGAUGCACCGCAUGGUCCAAGAAUCCAGCAGUGGUGGCCUCUUAGACCGAGAUCUCUUCCAAAAGUGUGUGAGCAGCAACAUUGUGCUCCUGACCCAGGCAUUCCGAAAGAAGUUUGUCAUUCCUGAUUUUGAGGAGUUCACGGGCCAUGUGGAUCGCAUCUUUGAGGAUUGCAAAGAGCUCACUGGAGGCAAAGUGGCAGCGUAUAUUCCUCAGCUGGCCAAGUCAAAUCCGGACCUGUGGGGCGUCUCCCUGUGUACUGUGGAUGGUCAGCGGCACUCUGUGGGCCACACAAAGAUCCCCUUCUGCCUGCAGUCCUGCGUGAAACCCCUCACGUAUGCCAUCUCCAUAAGUACACUAGGCACUGACUAUGUGCAUAAGUUUGUGGGCAAGGAGCCCAGUGGUCUGCGCUACAACAAGCUCUCCCUCAAUGAGGAAGGAAUCCCCCAUAACCCCAUGGUCAAUGCUGGUGCCAUUGUCGUCAGCUCCCUGAUCAAGAUGGACUGCAACAAAGCAGAGAAGUUUGAUUUUGUGUUGCAAUAUCUGAACAAAAUGGCUGGGAAUGAAUUCAUGGGGUUCAGCAAUGCCACAUUCCAGUCAGAGAAGGAAACGGGGGACCGGAAUUAUGCCAUCGGCUACUAUCUCAAGGAAAAGAAGUGUUUUCCCAAGGGGGUGGACAUGAUGGCUGCCCUCGACCUCUACUUCCAGUUAUGCUCCGUGGAGGUCACUUGUGAAUCAGGUAGUGUCAUGGCAGCCACCCUGGCCAAUGGAGGAAUCUGCCCCAUCACAGGCGAGAGCGUGCUGAGCGCUGAAGCCGUGCGCAACACCCUCAGCCUCAUGCAUUCCUGUGGCAUGUAUGACUUCUCUGGCCAAUUUGCUUUCCACGUGGGCCUGCCUGCCAAGUCAGCUGUGUCAGGAGCCAUCCUCCUGGUGGUACCCAAUGUCAUGGGAAUGAUGUGUCUAUCACCACCAUUGGACAAACUGGGGAACAGCCAAAGGGGCAUCAGCUUCUGCCAGAAGUUGGUGUCUCUUUUUAAUUUUCACAACUAUGACAACCUGAGGCACUGUGCUCGGAAGUUAGACCCACGGCGUGAAGGUGGAGAAGUUCGGAACAAGACAGUGGUGAACCUGUUGUUUGCUGCCUAUAGUGGAGAUGUCUCAGCUCUUCGGAGGUUUGCUUUGUCAGCUAUGGAUAUGGAACAGAAAGACUAUGACUCCCGCACAGCCCUGCAUGUUGCUGCUGCUGAAGGACACACUGAAGUUGUUAAAUUCCUGAUCGAGGCUUGCAAAGUAAAUCCUUUUGCCAAGGACCGGUGGGGCAACAUUCCUCUGGAUGAUGCUGUGCAAUUCAAUCACCUGGAGGUGGUCAAACUGCUUCAAGAUUAUCAGGACUCCUACACACUCUCUGAAACUCAGGCUGAGGCAGCAGCUGAGACCCUGUCCAAAGAGAACUUAGAGAGCAUGGUGUAAGCACAGGUCAUGGACAGACCCUGCUCAAGGAAAAGCAUGAGCUGGCCACAUACCUCACCCAUGCAACCACCA